AUGACACAGGUUUUAUUUUAUGGUUGUCUUUUUAUUACUUUUUCACCAAUUCUUGCAUUCUUUUUUAUGGUGAUUGCAAAGAAUAGUCAAUUAGUUAUUUUAACAAUUGGAGGGUCAUUCUUUUGGUUAGUAUCAAUAUUAAUAGCAGCGAUAUGGUGGUACAUUAUACCACCAAUGAGAGAACAUUGGUGGUUUAUAAUAUCAUUUAGUGUAUUAUUUCAAGAAAUAUUUAGAUAUAUAUUUUUUAGAUUAUAUUCAUAUGGUUUCAAUGAUAGACCAUCUUUAAAUCAAAUUAAAGAAACUCAACAUCAAAUGGCUUUAGAUUCAAUGAGAAAAAGAAAACAAGCUCAACAACAAAAACAACAACCACCAACUAAUGAAAUUGAAAGUAUAAAUAAUGAAAUUAUUGACACCACCAACAACAACACCAACAAUAAUAAUAAUAAUAAUAAUAAUAUAAAUGAUGAUGAUAAUAAAGAAAUUACAGAAGAAGAAAAAGAGAAAAGAAAAAUUGAGAAACAAAAACAAAGAGAGAUUGAAAUUAAUGCAAGAUUAGAAACCUUAUCAGCAAGACCAAAUCAUACUUUAUCAUCUGCUGCAAUUGGUGUUGGUAGUGGUGUUGCUUAUGGUUUCAUUAUGUUUGGUUCAAUUUUAUGGGAGAGUACUGGUCCUGGUACUUUAUUCUCUCCAGCUUGUCCUUCUGUUAAUUUAUUUAUGUUAUCUUCAAUCAUCACUUUGUUUAUGACUUUAUUACAUGUAGUUUAUAACGUUUUAGCAUUUCAAGGUUAUAGAUCAAAAAAAUAUCAUUUGGUUGCUUUUGUUAUUAUAACUCAUUUUGUAACAACUUAUUUAACACUUUUAAAUUUACCAACUAAAACAACUUCUUGUGUGGGAUCAAUUUUACCAAUUGGUAUAAUAACAGUGUUUUCUGUUGGUUUUUGUAUCUUUUCAUUAUUAAAAAGUGAUUCAAUUACUAAAAUUCAUUAA